AUGCCCUACACCGUCAAAGUCCGUGUCUACCAGACCAACCAAAACGCCUACUUCCACGUUGUCGAGAAGGCCUGCUGGCACUACACCGACGGCUGCGAGUGGACAGAGCAAAACGGCGUGCUGUCCCUCUACAUGGGCGACAGCGGCACCGCAGGCCUGCUGCGCUUCAAGAAUGAGCAAGGCAAGGAAGCUUUCUCCGUUGCCCUCGGCGUCCACUUGUACAAGCCUUGGGUUGAUAUCAUCACCGGUCUGGCUGAUAACAUCACUGGUGUCCAGUCCUUGCCUGAGUACUACGGCGAGACUACUGAUAAGACCAAGAGACGCGAGAGUCAGAAGACUGAGCAGACGGUUUUAAACAUUGAUCGUAGAAAUAUUUCUGCAAAGUAUCGUGUUAAGGAGGGAGAGAACCUUGAGCUUGAUAUCAUUAUUGGAUAA